AUGGGUGCUUUCGCGUCGUGUUGUAAACCUUCGGCUUCUGAUGUUAUGACGCCAGACGUUGAGACUAGGCGGCGGCAGCAGGUGGAGGCUGCUGAGCGUCGCCGCCAGCAGGAAGAGGCACGUGGAGUCAAGGAUCCACAGCGUUUGCAGCGUCAGCAGCUUAAAGCGGCUGAUACUGAGAGAAAGGCGGAAGAACUUAACCGGGAAGGUGGAGCUACAUUGCGUUGGCAAGCGCACUAGCAUUCAGCAGGAUGGACGAUUCCGAAAGUGAGUGUCCGAAAAUUCAUCUGUUAUAUCCUAAUCUAAUUUAAAACUUAAUUAUCAUAUAAAAGUGUGCCUGCUGGUGACAACAUUAUAUCUGAGUGGGUAUUUUCAUGUUAUUUGCAUUGACUUCUUUUUCUUGUUUUUUAAGCGUGCAAUAUUAGAAAUUUUUUUUAUUACUGUAAACUAAGCAAAUAUUUGUAAAAAAAAUGGGGUUCAGACAAACAAUUGAUUCUCUGGGCUGAAACAGCUGAAGUUUGUUGGAAGGAUUUAAUUCACUUAGACAUUGUUAUUUCACCCGGCAUCGAGCGAUUGAUUGCGCAUUCCGCAAGGCGAUUGCGGCGCCAUUUUGUCGAACGUUAGUAAAACCACGCCCAGAGCCAACGCCCAGGCGUCUUAACAACAGCCGCCAUUUUGCUUGCGAGUUACGUAACGCGUUCGAACUUAAAAAAAUUUUUCGAGCUUAGCUUUGUUGGUCUGCUAUCCUGUUUUCUUAACACUCCGGAUAAAAAUUUUAACUGUUAGACAAUACCUGCAUGUCACUCUCCUGCGAUUGUUUAGAUAGGAGUAAGCUAUCCAUUAUGAAACACUUGUAAUUUGUUUACUAGGUGCCAGUAUCACUGUAUGUUGCCGAUAAGCGAUAUUUUUACAAAUAUACUAUAUACUUUUACCAGGUUUGUAUAAAUUGUAUAUCAUAAUUAACGUCGUAGUCAAGUAGAGCGCAGUCAAAAUGUCGACUGUUGCCUAUCAGCCCUUUAUGUGGGGCAUGUACCGCCUUAACACAUCCGCAUUUAGCAAAUCUGAGUUCAUAGCCGUAUGCGAACAAAUAAUUAUGAUAUGUGUAACGGUCGUCGUGCCAUGGAUGCUUCAUUUCUUGCUAAUCCUAUGUAGGGUUAAAAUAUGGAGCUUAUAUUUGAUGAAAACGCCUGAUCAGGUGCCUGAAGAACAACCGAACAGGCCUGUAAGGCAAAAAAGGCCGAAUCGGGUGCCGCGAAAUUAUAUCCGGCGUAGGAGCGCGCGGCGCCGGCGGGUCAACUAAAAAACGCAGCCGUGACCGACAAAUUUCAAACGACAAUUUUCAGGUAUCUGUGACAAUAUUCCAAAUCACAUAUCAGACUAUUUAGGGUUUGACGAUUAUUAGUAACUUAAAAAAAAAGCUAUUCCCACUGAAUCGUGACGUCGUGACGACAAUUUAUUAGUUCACGGCGAGAGUAGGGAGCACAACACGCACAGACAAUGAUAAAUAAAACGUGACGAUAAUAGUAGCUGCGAUUGUCUGUCAUCUCGUUUUUAUCGUGACGUCUUAUUUAUUGUCAGAGGACUGUCGUUCUAGCUCUUCGCAUGUCUUGACAGGCUGUCGUCGUAACGUCAAAAAAGUCAUGAACAGCAACUAAAGUGUUGUACUCUAAGUGAAGCCACGACACUUUAAACUGCGCGGCUAUCUGUCAUCACGACAUAAUGGAAAUGCGCCCUUAGGUUGUAUAAGCUCAACAGUGCAUUACCGAAAUUGGAUUGUGAAUUUUUCUUUUUAAAAUUUAAUAUUUUUCUAUUCAUAUCUAUAUGUUGUUAGUAGCGAUAGUUACUUGUUGUGGUCAGAACAUUCUCAACUCCGCUGUGUUGACGACGGCGCUGUAGUAAAUAACGACCUCAGUUAAAUGUUCGCGGAAUAAGUUGUAGUGCCGUCGUAUUUCGAUGUGUUUACAUUUGGAUGUCUAGUAACAAUACGUGUGUAGUCAAUGUAGUGAAACACGUUCGUUUGGUACUUAAUUUUAAAGCUAACGACUUAGAAUAACGAUUUUGAAAUGACGAAGAACAUUUAGUCGAUCUUACGUAUUAUACGCGCAUUUGCAGAAUGGAUUAUUUUAUUAAAAACAUGGCCUAAAAUUUUAAUAUACUAUAUAAAAAUCAUAAUAAUAAUUUUGUACCAAGUCUUUUCCAUAACAUUGUUAUAAAUUCGAUAAAUAUUUAUAAAACAUUAUAAUAAUAAUUUAUACAUCAAACAAAAAUUUGUGUUAUAUUUGCACGAAAUCAAAUAUAGGUAGAACUAAAAUCAGCUCUAGUACAGUUUAGCGGUACGCGGAGAACUGUUCCCAUUUACGAAACAAUAAAAAAUGUAUCUAUGCGAAAAAAGUUGUUUUGAGCACAUCACUCGUAAUUAAAUUUAAAAAAAAAUAUGUUCGGGCUCAUUAUCAAAAUAAUGAUCUCCUUUUUGUAAAUAAACGUAACUUUUUUAUAUGUCUUUUAAAUUUAUAACGUUAUAUACACAAAUAAAAAGUAGUCACGUAUCUAGGGGCAUUAUGAAAAUGACCCCCGUUUUAAUAACGUGAAUUGACAAACAAAAGUUCUGUUAAAAAGCUACGUCCUGCAGAGACUGUCUUUUAAAACAUUCGUCACAAAUAAACAUCCGCCUGACGCUCCACCAUAUUGAAACGGGUUCUCAUGGGCACGGUCGCGAAAGCUGGGCUCUACGUGGCUAAGAUUGUCACACUUAUAGUGUAAGAUAUAAAUGUAUUAUUGUUUACGAUUAAAUAUGCUCAAUGUUUG